AUGUCUGAAGCAAAUAAUAUCGUAAUUGUUGGUGGUGGAUAUGCCGGAGUUCAAUCGGCAACUGAUUUAGAAAAAUCACUCCUUAAAACAAAUUCUGAUUAUAAUAUCAUAUUAAUUGAUCGUAAAUCACAUUUCUAUCAUUCGGUUGCCGGUUUACGUACAAUGGUCGAAGCUAAUUUCGAAAACCAAAUCAUACUUCCAUAUAGCAAGCUAUUCCAAUCCAAUAAAAACAAGGUUAUUCAAGCUAACGUAGUUGCAAUUCAUAACAAUGAAGUUGUAGUGGAUGAAAAUAUUGAUAAUCGUGGUGGAAAUAUGAAAACUAUUCCAUUCAAGUAUUUGAUAAUUGCAACCGGCAGUGAUUAUCCAGUACCUGCAAAAUUGGAGAGCAAUAAUAAAGAUGAAGCUGUUAAAAACAUUGUCGAUAAACGAGAAGCAGUCAAAAAAGCUAAAAAGAUUUUAAUUAUCGGUGGCGGACCUGUUGGUGUUGAAUUUCUAAAAAAGGUAUCAAAAAUAAAAUCCAAGUUUCUUGAGGAAACUUCAAGCAUCGAAAAUAGUAUAAACACAAUUCAAAGGAACGUUGAACGUAUUCAAGUAAUACAAACACGUAUUCUAGUGAGUACUUCGGCACAAAUGGAAGAUGAUGGCGUUCAAGAGCGUGAAGAGCUUACGUUGAAUACAAAAAAAAAUCUUUUUGAAACUAAAGAUUGGAUUAAAAAAAUUGAAUAUGAAAAUAUCAAAUUACCAAUAAAUGAUCCAAACAACAGCAUUAGAAAACAAAGGCUCGAGUUUCUCAAAGCAAAAUUCACAAAUGCGCUUGAAAAUUUUCAUAGUGUUGAAGAUACUUAUAUGAGACAACGGAAAGAAAGAAUGACACGUCAAUACAGAGUUGUCAAUCCAGAAGCAUCUCAAGAUGAAAUUGACAAUUAUUUGAGCAAUCCAUCAUGUCAGCCGCUUUGUCUAAUUCGUACAAGCGAAGCUCGCGCAGUAUUUACAGAAGUUCAAAAACGACAUAGUGAUAUAAAACAGAUUGAAAAAACAAUUGAGGAAUUAGCAAUUUUGUUUCGUGAAGUGCAAUUACAAGUGGAGGAACAAGAUUCUGUGAUUUUAAAUGUAGAAGUACCUGUUGAAGAAUCUCUUGCGAAUACCAAACAAAGUGAAAUUUAUAUUGAAAAGGCGCAUGAGAAUGCAGUCCAAGCAAGAGGAAAGACGUGGAUCUUUUUAGUAGUUAUGAUUAUAAUAGUUUCUAUAAUCAUAAUAACUAUAAUAGUACAGAUAUAUGGGAAAGUAAAUAGUACACAGAUUUCUGACGCAAGUCCUUCUGACUUAUUACCUCCUGAUCCUUAA